GCCAGGUAGCCACCACCCACAGCACCCAGGCUCCCCUGCCACGGAGCUGUGCAGCAGCUCGUUUGAGAGCCUGGAGCUGUCCCCCCCAUCAGCUGGAAAGAAGAAGAACGUCCCCGCGUGUCUGACGAGGCGCUGUGGCUCGUCCCCCCAGAUUCCCCGGCUCGGCGAGUCCUUACUCAUCCGCUUGUUCAGAGCAGGGAUUUCAUGAGCCCCCCCCGAGGACAUUGCCCGGCUGGUGGCCCGGUGGCAGCAGGAGGGCGAGAGCCGCCGGGAGCGCCGGGGCUGCCGGCGGUGCACCUGCCACCGCGCGGGUGCUCAGCUCCUGUCGCAGAGGCCACCUGGACCAGACCGAGGCGUGUCAGGAAACCUGAUGCCUCACCUGCGCCGAUGUGGAGGCGGAGGGAGGAGGGCCCAAAGACAUGUCCCUUCACGCUCACGACAGCUGAAAACGGAGAAGGGAACUCGCUAGAGCCUUUUCUUACCAGCGCGGGAGGCCUGGCUGUCCUGCUCUCGCUCCAGAAGCCCUCCUGUACUCCGGUGCUCUGGGGGGGUGGCAGUCCCGCACCCGCCGGGCGAUGAACAUCGCAAGGAGAAGAGGCUUCUACAGACAAGAGGUGAACAAAACCCUCUGGGAGCUGCCCAGGAGAUACACGUCCCUCCACCCGGUGGGGUCUGGAGCCUACGGUUCGGUGUGUUCAGCCACAGACAAGAAGACAGGGGAGAAGGUGGCGAUCAAGAAGCUCUGCCGCCCGUUCCAGUCGGAGAUCUUUGCCAAGAGAGCGUACAGAGAGCUCAUGCUGUUGAAGCACAUGCAACAUGAGAAUGUCAUUGGGCUGCUCGAUGUCUUCACCUCCGCCCCCUCCUACCAGGGAUUCCAGGACUUCUACCUGGUGAUGCCCUACAUGCGGACAGAUUUACAAAAGAUCAUGGGACAUGAAUUCAGUGAUGAAAAGAUCCAGUACCUGGUCUACCAAAUGCUGAAAGGGCUGAAGUACAUUCAUUCAGCCGGCAUCAUCCACAGGGACCUGAAGCCAGGCAACCUGGCUGUGAAUGAGGACUGUCAGCUCAAGAUCUUGGAUUUUGGCUUGGCCAGACACGCUGAUGCUGAAAUGACCGGCUACGUGGUUACGCGCUGGUACCGAGCCCCCGAAGUCAUCCUGAACUGGAUGCAUUACAACCAGACAGUGGAUAUCUGGUCUAUUGGCUGUAUCAUGGCAGAAAUGCUGACCGGCAAAACGCUGUUUAAAGGAAAAGACUACCUAGAUCAACUGACUCAGAUCCUGAAAGUAACGGGGCAUCCAGGAGAAGACUUCGUGGAGAAGCUGGAGGACAAAGCGGCUAAGAGUUAUAUCAAGUCCCUUCCUAAAAUCCCCAAGAAGGAUUUGUCUGUGCUCUUCCCCAAAGCCAAUCCUCAUGCAGUGGACCUGCUUGACAAGAUGUUGCAGCUCGAUGUGGAGAAGCGCCUUACAGCGACGGAGGCGUUGGCUCACCCCUAUUUUGACCAGUUCCGAGACGUCGAGGAGGAGACAGAAGCACAACAGUCCUAUGAUGAUUCUCUGGAACACGAAAAGCUUUCGAUAGAUGAGUGGAGAAAGCAUAUUUACAAGGAGAUCUUGUCCUUCAGUCCCAUUGCACGGAAAGACUCAAAGAAGCGAAGCGGGAUGUCCUUAUAGCGACUGGUGUGGCUGUGACCGGGAUUCACGGGACGACGGAUGGGAUUUAUUCCACGCUGCCUUGCUGGUGGCCAUCGUUUGGCCUGUGGGACUUCAGUGUGCCAACACGAGGAUGACACCGUGCUGUGGGCAUUGGACUUUGUUCUGCUGAAGGGGGAAGCACCUCAAAUAGUUUUCAAUGCAAAAGAUAAAUAUAUUCCCACUGAAACUUCAAGUGGGAGAAUUUCA